AUGGUCAAGGCUACUGUUAUCGGCGCCGCUGGUGGUAUCGGCCAGCCUCUCUCGUUGCUGCUCAAGCAGUCGUCCCUCGUCACCGACCUCGCCCUCUACGAUGUCGUCAACGCCCCUGGUGUCGCCGCCGAUCUCUCGCACAUCAACUCUCCUUCCAUCGUCACUGGCUACCUCCCCGCUGAUGGUGGCCUUGGAAAGGCCCUCAAGGGUGCUGACAUUGUCGUCAUCCCCGCCGGUGUCCCCCGUAAGCCCGGCAUGACCCGUGACGAUCUCUUCAACAUCAACGCCGGUAUUGUGCGCGACAUUGCCGUCGGCAUUGCUGAGCACUCGCCCAAGGCAUUUGUGCUCGUCAUCUCGAACCCGGUCAACUCGACCGUCCCCAUUGUUGCCGAGGUGCUCAAGAAGAAGGGCGUUUACAACCCGAAGCGUCUCUUUGGUGUUACCACGCUCGAUGUUGUGCGUGCCUCGACCUUCAUCUCGGAGGCUGCGGGCAAGCCUACCGAGUCGCUCAACUACCGCAUCCCCGUCGUUGGUGGACACUCCGGUGUCACGAUUGUGCCUUUGAUCAGCCAGUCGCAGCCUCCGAUUUCGGUGGACCAGGCCAAGAUCGAGCAGCUCACCAACCGUAUCCAGUUCGGCGGUGACGAGGUGGUCAAGGCCAAGGACGGUGCCGGUUCGGCUACGCUCUCCAUGGCUUACGCUGGUGCUCGUUUCGCCAUCGCUGUGCUCGAGGCUGCUGCGGGCAAGGCGCUCGCUCACCCCGAGAUGGCCUACGUCGACCUCACCUCGGACGCCGCUGGCGCCAAGGAGGUCACCGCCGUCAUCGGCAACGACACCCCCUUCUUCUCGGUGCCCCUCCAGCUCGGCCCCAGUGGUGUCGAGAAGAUCCUGCCCCUCGGCAAGCUCAACGACUACGAGUCCGAGCUCAUCAAGAAGGCCGUCGCCGACCUCAACGGCAACAUCAACAAGGGUGUUCAGUUCACCGCUAACCUCUAA